AUUGGUAGUUGGAGGUUACAAAAACAAGCGACGUCCCUUGAUUUAUGAACUUUCUUGGUUAACCAUAUCUAGAUUGUUUAUUUACUAUUGUGCAAAUGUUUUAAUUCUCUUAUAUGUUAAUGUAAAAUGUUCAAUAUGAGUGUUACAAAAAAACCCCUCAAAUUCAAACCCAUAAAAAAGCAGCUCGCAAAGGAAUUUACUUUUCUUAAAAAUAUACUUUUACCUAUAAAUUUUCCUAUGCAAUCACGAGGGGAUAACGACGAAUUAGAAUAUGAAAUAAUAAAUGACACAAAAGCUGAAAACAAGGAGACGUCUAAGCGAGCUCGUAAUAUCACAGAGCUUGAAGAGAAAUUACAUAAAUUAAAAUCGCAGAAUAACUAUAAUUUAAAAAACAAAUUAGUGAAAAAGAGCAUAAGUAGCAAAUUAAACAAAAAAAUCAAGAAAAAAGAGAGAUUAAAUAAAAAUAAAGUAUUAAAGCCUGUAGGAGAUUCUCAAUUUUCUAAUGUUAAGAAGAGUGAAAAGGAAGAGAAACCCAAUAGCAAUAUAGCAAAGCCAGUCUUUAAUACUGACGGAAAGUUGGUUUUUUCAAAGUUUGAUUUUGCAAAUGUUGGUAAAACUGAGAAGGUCCAGAAAGUUGAAAAAGAUCCUAAAAAGAUAUUGGUUCAAUUGCAAGAACAGGAACAGAAGAUUCGUGAACUAGAAGAAAAAGGUGAUAAUGCAGCAAAACAAUUCAAAGAAAAAAUAGCUUGGAAAUCAGUUUUGCAAAAAGCUGAAGGCCUAAAAGUAAAAGAUGACCCUUCUUUAUUGAAAAAAACAAUUAAGAAAACUGAACAAAGAAAGAAACAUAGUAAGAAGAAAUGGGAAAAUCGCAUACAGAAUGUGGAACAGAAGAAAGAAGAGAAACAAAAGAAACGCAAGGAAAAUAUAAGUAAAAAGAAGAAGGAAAAGAAAUCCAAAGUUGUAAAAGCAGCUGCUAAAAGGGGGCGUGUUGUCCUAUAGUUAUACAAAAUAAAUUAUGGACUAAAUAAAUUUGUUAAAUUAUGUUUGCCUUUGAUUUUCGGGUACCCUACACACUACACGUUGGGUGUCAACAGAACAAUAUAAGAUUUCACUCUCCUAAACUACAGGAAUGUCGAGGUGUUAAGUGUAUCUUUACGAAAAGGCCACUAUGUCCGAUUAAAGCACCAGCCGGCCUAUUCGCUAACUAUUUUGACAUUAACCGCGUGUAACUAAAGAGCAAAUUGCAUAUUCGUCGAUGCUUUUCAGAACAAGUAUCUUAGUGGCAUGGCGCAUCGCCAAUAAAGCAGUAGUGGAUCACUAAAUAGUUCGGUGAUUUUUACUUCCAUCUGUCAAAAGCAGUUAGCGAAUAGGCAUACGGCACACUAAUCUUAUUCAACUGCAGCGAGAUGCGAGACAAGGAGAUGGAUAUCCUCGAAGCUGCAGCUGUGAAAGCUGCGUUGGAGGUUUUUUCUUGUGGUCACAGUAAAAUCAUGAGGGAGACCUAUUUCUGUCUGUCCUAUGGUGUGUCUAUGUAGCGGAUAUCAAUUAUUUAAACGCUCUGUUUAAACAAUGGUGUCGUUUCGAAACUGUGGUUCGAAGUGUAGUACACUAAAAUUGAAACCAUGUCGGUCUGGAGAGAACUCUCUCCUGACGGCCCUAUAGGGGAGACACCAGGACUUACUUUUAAAUUGUAGCCGUAUAUCCUUAUCAAGAUUUUAUUGAAACCAGGAUAGUUUAGGUAAGAGGUUUUAUUGAUUGUCAUUUAUCUAAAGCAUUAUCAGUAAACUAAAGAAGUUUUACCAACCAUCCAUAUAAAGUAGGUGAAUUUUGUAUAUAAACAUAAAGUAGGACAGACAAAAAUAGGUCUCCCUCGUAGUUCUACGAAUAGGACAAAUCACUAGGACCCCGAGAAAACGGCGGAUACAGGGUUACUUUUAAAAUACCAGAAACCUCGCAGUUUGUUCUACGAGUUUUAACAAAACUCAAUACAUUGAUCAAAAAUGAUUUUCUAAGAUUUUAAUAUAGUGUCGGUUUGAUUAAAACAAAAAAGCUUUUUUUUUGUUUUAAUAUAUGUACUGUCGUGAUAUUUGUAGCUUUAUAACGCUCGCGCGCGAACUUAAUGAUUCUUUCUUCACUCGAAAAUAUCUAAUUUAUGCUUGUUGAAUCCACAAUACCUUCAUACUUUACUAGGCUUAUGGAUUUGCGGAAAAUUGAUCGAAAACAAUUCAUCGAAUUACAAUUCUUCGAACACAAUUCAUCGAAAAAACAAUUCGUCGAAAAACAAUUCUUCGAACGGUAAUUCCAAAAAAAAAAAUGAAAAUUUAGCAGGAGGGAGGCUAAAACGAGGUGGGGAAAGGGGAAAAAGUAUGAAAAAAAAAAACGUUGCACGUACAAAAGUGUCGUUUCUG